ACUGUGUGUUCCCAAAGAUCUGUCCUAGUUGGCAGCUGCUGCCUCACCCAAAGCUUCAAAGUCUAAGAGGACUCUUGUCUCUCAGAACCUAUCACCAUGGCUCAUCGAUUUCCAGCCCUCACCCCAGAACAGAAGAAGGAACUCUCAGAAAUUGCCCAGCGCAUUGUUGCCAAUGGAAAGGGCAUCCUGGCUGCAGAUGAAUCUGUAGGCACCAUGGGAAAUCGCCUGCAGAGGAUUAAAGUAGAAAAUACUGAAGAGAACCGCCGGCAGUUUCGGGAAAUCCUCUUCACUGUGGACAGUUCCGUCAACAAAAGCAUUGGGGGAGUGAUCCUUUUCCAUGAGACUCUCUACCAGAAGGACAGCCAGGGAAAUCUGUUUAGAAACAUCCUCAAGGAGAAGGGGAUUGUAGUGGGCAUCAAAUUAGACCAAGGAAGCGCUCCUCUUGCUGGAACAAACAAAGAAACCACCAUUCAAGGGCUUGAUGGCCUCUCCGAGCGCUGUGCCCAGUACAAGAAAGAUGGGUGUGACUUUGGGAAGUGGCGUGCUGUAUUGAGGAUUGGUGAUCAGUGUCCCUCCAGCCUUGCUAUCCAGGAAAACGCCAAUGCUCUGGCUCGCUAUGCCAGUAUCUGUCAACAGAAUGGGCUGGUACCUAUUGUUGAACCAGAGGUGAUUCCUGAUGGAGACCAUGACUUGGAACACUGCCAGUAUGUGACUGAGAAGGUCCUGGCUGCUGUCUACAAGGCCCUGAAUGACCAUCAUAUUUACCUAGAGGGCACCCUGCUAAAGCCCAACAUGGUGACUGCUGGACAUGCCUGUACCAAGAAGUAUACACCAGAGCAAGUGGCUAUGGCUACUGUCACCGCUCUUCACCGUACUGUUCCUGCAGCUGUUCCUGGCAUCUGCUUUUUGUCUGGUGGCAUGAGUGAAGAGGAUGCUACUCUCAACCUCAAUGCAAUUAACCUUUGCCCUCUACCAAAACCCUGGAAACUAAGUUUCUCUUAUGGAAGGGCCCUCCAGGCCAGUGCAUUGGCUGCCUGGGGUGGCAAGGCUGCUAACAAGAAGGCGACGCAGGAAGCCUUUAUGAAAAGAGCUGUGGCUAACUCUGAGGCAGCCAAAGGAAAGUAUGUCCACACUGGCUCCUCUGGUGCUGCUUCCACCCAGUCACUCUUCACAGCCUCCUAUACCUACUAGGCCCUGGUGACAUCAGACCGGUUCCAGUUUCCUAGCUGUGGUGGUAGACAGACUGAAAAGAAACCACCUUUCAAUCCACCCUGCAAAUUAAAGAAAAAAAUUAGAUGAGAACUACUACACAAUCCAUGUUAAAUCUUAAAGUUAGGGAAAAGCAAAUUAAACCUAAAUAUGAAUAUCAA